UUUUGUCAGUUUACUCCGGCCUUUGUUUCGCGCGCCGGUUUUCCAGCCCUUGUGCUGCCGUUUUCUGUUAUAAUAAAAUCCUUGAGUUCAACCAUCUCCUGCCAGCCUUCCUCCCUCUGCGUUUGGGUCCACAUUACCUGCUACCUCAUCACAAAAGCAGAUUGGCAUUGACAUUUCAAUUCUUUAAACGUCAAAGACUGAAAGAAGGUGGGAUUAAUAAAUGAGAUGGAUCUGCGUCAUGCAAGAUGGAAAUUAUCCGUCAGUGUGCUGCUGCUGCUGCUGCUCACACUCGACCACAGCCCUGCUAAUGCUGUCAGCUUGAAGGAAAAUCUCGCUGAUUGUCUGAAUGAUAAAGACUAUGAUGAACUGCUGCAGACUGUGAAGUAUGGCCUCCCGCACAUAAAUACAUCUCAUCAUGUUGUUAUUGUGGGAGCUGGCAUGGCUGGACUGACCGCUGCCAAGCUACUGCAAGAUGCGGGACACAAGGUAACCAUAAUAGAGUCGAGUGGUCGUGUUGGAGGACGGGUGGAGACCUACAGGAAUGAAGAAGAGGGCUGGUAUGCUGAACUGGGAGCCAUGAGGAUCCCAAGUACUCACCAAAUCGCCCUUUGGUUUGCUAUAGAGCUGAAUGUCAAGCUGAAUAAAUUCAUCAUGUAUGACCCCAACACCUUUUACUUGGUUAAUGGGUUGUUGAAGAAGACUUACACAGUGCAAAAUGACCCUGACGUUCUGAAGUACAACGUCACACCAAGUGAGAAAGGGAAGUCGGCCGACGAACUGCUACAAAAAGCUUUGCAGAAGGUAAAAGAUUACGUGCAGACUAAUGGCUGCGAGGCUGCGCUGAAAAAAUAUGACCACUAUUCUGUGAAGGAGUAUCUGAAAGAAGAAGGAGAUCUGAGUUCAGAGGCAAUAAGGAUGAUUGGAGACCUUCUUAAUGAAGAGAGCCUUAUGUACACAGCACUGACAGAGAUGAUCUAUGACCAGACGGACAUUAAUGACAACACUACGUAUUAUGAAGUGACUGGUGGAUCAGACCUUCUCCCGAAAGCUUUUCUUAAUGUCCUGGAUGUUCCUAUUCUCCUCAACUCCAAGGUCAAAAAUAUCAGCCAGUCACAUGAAGGUGUAAUGGUAUCGUAUCAGACAGGACAACAGUCCUCCUUGACAGAUCUUUCCGCUGACGUUGUCCUGGUGACAACCACAGCCAAAGCAGCCCUCUUCAUUGACUUUGAUCCACCUCUCUCCAUCGGAAAGAUGGAGGCACUGAGGGCAGUCCACUAUGACAGCUCCACUAAAAUCAUCCUCACCUUCAGCGAGAUGUUCUGGGAGAAGGAUGGCAUCAGAGGAGGAAAGAGCAUCACCGACUGGCCCUCCCGUUUCAUCUACUACCCCAGCCACAGUUUCUCAACCAAUAAGACCAUUGGUGUCCUCCUGGCCUCCUACACCUGGUCUGACGAAUCCCUCCUCUUCUUAGGUUUAAGCAAUGAAGACCUGAAAGAGCUGGCUCUGAGAGAUUUGGCAAAGAUCCACGGCGAGUACGUCAAAUCUCUCUGCACAGGGGUGGUGGUGAAGAGGUGGAGCGCGGAUCCUCACAGCUUGGGUGCCUUCGCUCUCUUCACACCCUACCAACAUGUAGAGUACUCUAAAGAGCUCUUCAGAAGUGAAGGCAGGGUGCACUUUGCAGGUGAACACACAGCUUUUUCUCAUGCUUGGAUCGAGACAUCUAUGAAAUCUGCGAUCAGGGCUGCUUCCAACAUUAACUAUUCAGCUAAAAUGCGACAUCAGGGAGAGCUCUAGGGUGUACUUUCUAGGUCAAUCAGUACUAUCAUAGAACUGAAAUGUCUGUCAAAUUUUGUCUUACGCUUGGUAAUUUCAUUCCUUCCGUAAGAGUAAGGCUCAUUGUGAUUGUCCUUACACCAUGCAGUUCUAAUCUGCAUCACACUGGUUUUACUGAUGGCUUGUUUUUGCUAGGCAAAAGUAUAAUCUGAUAUCAUUCAUUUCCAAAACGUGUUUUGCGAUAACUGUCUAGAAAUCGAUAGUACGUGCACCACUAACCUUGUUUCAACCUUGAUGUCUGUUGUGUUCUUUCCAAUUCUACUGUUUGGCUAAAAUGUCAAAGCCUGGCACACUUGCUGGGGGCCUGGUUUUUACUCGCAAGUUAACUAGCAGUUUUAAAUUUAAUUAUAUACAGACGUGCUCAAAUUUGUUGGUACCCCUCCACAAAAAAUUAAGAAUGCACAAUUUUCUCCGAAAUAACUUGAAACUGACAAAAGUAAUUGGCAUCCACCAUUGUUUAUUACAUAUUUAAUAGAAAUCAGACUUUGCUAUUGAAUUUUUUAUUCAACAUAAUAUUGUAAAUAAGAAAACAAAUGAAAAUGGCAUGGAAAAAAAUGAUGGGACCGCUAACCUAAUAUUUUGUUGCACAACCUUUAGAGGCAAUCACUGCAAUCAAACAUUUUCUGUAGCUCUCAAUGAGACUUCUGCACCUGUUAACAGUUAGUUUGGCCCACUCUUCCUGAGCAAACUGCUCCAGCUGUCUCAGAUUUGAUGGGUGCCUUCUCCAGACUGCAAGUUUCAGCUCUUUCCAUAGAUGUUCGAUAGGAUUCAGUUCAGGACUCAUAGACGGCCACUUCAGAAUAGUCCAAGGUUUUGUUCUUAUCCAUUCUUGAGUGCUUUUUGCUGUGUGUUUUGGGUUAUUAUCCUGUUGGAGGACCCAUGAGGACCUGCGACUGAGACCGAGCUUUCUGACACUGGGCAGUACGUUUCGCUCCAGAAUGCCUUGAUAGUCUUGAGAUUUCAUUGUGCCCUGCACAGAUUGAAGGCACCCUGUGAC